AUAUUUUCAUAAAAAAAAUUGUAACCGAAAGAUCUUCUUCAAUUAAGUCAAAAAUAUAUACAUAUCCUCGGCGAGAGUCCGUGGCCAUAAUGUAUAAAGAGGCUUAUGUGUUGGCUCGCAAGGCGUAACAAGAAACAUAGAAAGACACACAAAUAGCGAUGCUUCAGAAAAAGGAACAUACGCUGUAUUUCUAAUUUCAUUUCUACUAUUUUGUAAACUGAUCUUCAUCGACGCACACAUACCCACUCUGAUCUUGAAACAUCUCAUCUGGGUUUGCGUGAAAAAGAUGCACAAAUCUCUUUUCUGAGGCAAAGAUAAUGAUUGUUCGGUAUGUGUUUGUUUUUAUGUCCCAGUGAAUAUUCAAUAUAGAAUUCUUGUUUCUAUGUGCCUCUUUUGAAUGACCCUCUUAAAUACCCAUCUCAAUAGAAACCCACCUCAAUAUAUGGCCAAGAAGAAGGUUGCAGUCUAUUUACCUGAAGAGCUUCUUUUUAAUAUUUUCUUGAGACUUGGAGUGAAAUCUUUGCUCCGAUGCAUGUCCGUUUGCAGGACAUGGCUAUCCGUAAUCUCGAGCACUCAUUUCAUUAAGUCUCAACUUCAGCUUGCCAUCAAGAACCCCACGCUACUCAUUAUUGAUUAUCGGGGUGGAUAUGCUGCAAGUCUUUCGAGUAGAAGAGGUUAUCAUAAUAACUUUCCCCGUGUUGUUCUGCCUUAUGAUUUGAAGAACUGUGAAGUUGUUAGUUGUUCUUACAAUGGCAUUAUCUGUUUAUGCGAUGAUAAAGAUGUUUUUUACCUCUGGAAUCCAUCAAUCAGGAAGUACAAGACACUCCCUCCUGCUCCCCCGCGAGAAUUGGCUGCUCGUGAUAACACAGGGUUUGGUUAUGAUUCUAUCUCUGAUGAUUACAAGAUCGUUAGGAUCGUGUAUGAAAGGUCUGAAGAUGAUAUGCCUACAGUGCAUUUGUAUUCCACAAAUGCUAAUUCCCGGAGACAGUUUCGGGAUCCUAUUGUGAAAUCGGUGCCUGGAGGCAAAACUAACACUGAUAUUGUUGUAAAUGGGGUACUGUAUUUUAAUGAUGGGGAUGGGCUGAUCUCAUUUGAUUUGCACAAAGAGGUGUUUGGACGAGUUACGCUUCCUGGUUUUUGGGAAACAAAGAGGUCAAAUGUCUUGGAUUUCGAAGGUUCUGUUGCUAUAGUCUUUGAACCUGAUGGUGAUGAACAAGGAAUAUAUCUAUGGACGUUGGAUGAUGUUUCUGGCCGGAUGCAGUGGACUAGAAACUUCAGGAUUCACGCUUAUUCCGAAUCGCGUUUGUGGCUAUAUUGUUAUUUGGGUGCAGGAGAUUUUUAUGGAAAAAUGGCAUCUUAUGAUUACUUCUUGCAUAAUAUCUUGUAUGACUAUAAAAGGGAAGAGACCGAAAUUUGUGGAGUUCGAGAAAAUGUGUGUGCAACUCUAAAAUACACACAGACACUUGUUUCACCAAAUGGUUUUGAACGAGUGUACUAAUUACCAACUAAAUCAUUUCAUGGAAGAAACAAUCUAGAGGAAAAUACAUUGACCAGAAGCUAAACUGCAGCAUGUCAACUGAGUGUCAUUAGUAGCAGAACUGUUGCAAUUUUUUGUUUGUUGUAUGCUUCACCAAUAGCCUAUUAGCAAAGUAUAUUCAAGGCAUUUGAAAUACUUGCCAUUGUCUUGGAUGGAUUUGUUGCUUAUUACCAAUCUACCAUCUGUGGAUGGUUGGGGUUUGUGUGAUGAUAGACAAGUAAAAGUUUUUUGUAUGAAAGGGAUAUUUUGUUUA